AUGCCGCCUCAAUCCAAACACGACGUGGAGACUGCCACCACCGAGCAGUCCAAAGAGCUCCGACGCCAAAAGCAAAAGAAAUGGCUGCUCUACGGUAUAGCCUUCAUCAUUUUUCAGGCCGGAGUCAUAGCCCUUUUCUCCCAAACUGUUAUGAAGGUCCAUAAUCCUAAAUUCCGUGUGAGAUCCGCAACGUUUGACACAUUUGAUGUUGUCCAAACAACCAACCCUUCGUUCAAUCUUAGGACCAAUGUUGCACUUGGGAUCAAGAACACCAAUUUCGGACCCUACAAAUACGACAAUAGCACCAUGUAUUUCUACUACGGUGAAAUAGAAGUCGGAAGCGCUAUUAUUCCCAAAUCAAAAGCUCAAUUCCGCAGAACCAAAAAGUUUACCGUCGCGUUGGAUCUUGCUUCGACCGACCUAGCAGCGAAUUCGCAAUUAGAGAGUGACAUAAAUUCAGGAAUCGUGCCUUUGAGCAGCCGAUCGAAACUGAGCGGAAAAGUAGAGCUGAUGCUGAUCUUCAAGAAGAAGAAGUCCGUGGACAUGGAUUGCACCAUGGAAGUCAAUAUCUCGACUCAGGAGCUCCAGAAUGUCAGAUGCAAUCCAGAUGCACGUGCAGGUGACAGAUCAGGAGACCGCUGUGGGUUUGAUUCGGGCGAUAGAGAUGACAGAGACUUUUUUCACAAGAGGUGA